GUGUGUGUGUGUGUGUGUGUGAGAGAGAGCUGUCUCGGGUCUGUGGUAUAAGGGAGCAUUAAAGGGCUGCAUGCCUACAAGCAGCUGCUCAUUUAAGCCAAACAGCGCUUUCAGCUCCGGAGCUAGGGGCAAGACCUUGUGUUUGGAAAUUUCAGAAGAACAUUUCUAAAUGGGAUUAACAGCGUUGUCAUUCACAGCCAAUGUCUCCUUUCUGCAUCUGGAAUAUCAUCCGAGGUGCCUUUUGCCAUUUGUGGAAGAGAUGGGAUUAACCAGAUCGCAGAAAAGUUGGGAUUUUUGAGAACUGAAAUGCAUUGGAUUGCAUUACAAAGGAUGGAAAGAUAAAUAAAAAAAGCUUUUUAGAAAAAGCAACAAAGGAAACAAACGGGUAAAAAAAUCAGCAAAUAACAGGGAGAGGAGAUGCACAGAGCUUGGAUUCUUCUCAUUGUAAUAGAAGAGGGCUUUGCUCUGGCGCAAAAAAUCAGAGAGACGCCGAAUGAAGAUGGCCCUCCAGCCAAGAACGAGCAGUGUGGCAUCUGGACUAAAACCAUCAGUGGAGGCCAGUUCAUGUCUCCCAACUACCCCAACACUUACCCACCUAACAAGGAGUGUGUCUAUGUCCUCGAGGCUUUGCCUCGCCAGAGAAUCCAGCUGGUCUUCGACAAAAACUAUUACAUCGAGCCCUCGUUUGAAUGUCGCUUCGAUCACCUGGAGAUAAGAGAUGGUCCCUUCGGUUUCUCGCCACUCAUCGAUCGUUACUGCGGCCCGAAGAGCCCCGGCGUGGUCACCUCCACCGGCCGCUUCAUGUGGAUCAAAUUCACCAGUGAUGAAGAGCUCGAGGGCCUUGGCUUCCGCAUCAAAUACACCUACAUAGCAGACCCGGAUUUUAAAUUGCAUGUGGGCGGACUCUUAAAUCCGAUCCCGGACUGUCAGUUCGAGAUCAGCGGCUCAGACGGGUUCGUCCGCUCCAGCCAGGUGGAAGAGGAGGAAAAAGUGAAACCCGGUGAAGCUCUGGACUGCAUCUGGACGAUCCGAGCGCCUCCUCGUUCCAAGAUCUACCUGCGCUUUCUGGAAUACCAGAUGGAGAACUCCAAUGAGUGCAAGAGGAACUUUGUGGCCAUUUAUGACGGCAGCAGCGCCAUUGAGAACCUAAAGGCGAAGUUCUGCAGCACGGUGGCCAACGACGUGAUGCUGGAGAGCGGACUUGGAGUCGUGCGCAUGUGGGCCGACGAGACCAGUCGCCUCAGCCGCUUCCGCAUGCUCUUCACCUCCUUCGUUGACCCUCCUUGCUCUUCAAACACCUUCUUCUGCCACAGCAACAUGUGCAUCAACAAUUCUCUAGUGUGUAACGGCGUGCAGAACUGUGUGUACCCUUGGGACGAGAACCACUGCAAGGAGCGGAAGUCUAAGGGCCUGUUCCACCAGAUCACCAAGACCCACGGCACGGUUAUUGGCAUCUCUUCUGGCGUGGUUCUUGUAUUGCUCAUCAUCUCCAUCCUGGUCCAGAUGAAGCAGCCUCGUAAGAAGGUAGUGUCACGUCGUCCAGCAGUCUUCAACAAAUCCGGCAUCCAGGAAGUGUUUGACCCUCCACACUAUGAGCUUUUCUCCCUGCGAGACAAAGAGCUCUCGUCUGACCUCGCUGAGCUGAACGAGGAGCUUGAGAGCUUUCAGAAGCUGCGUCGUUCCUCCACGACAUCUCGCUGCAUCCAUGAGCACCACUGCGGUGGGACCGGAAGCGUCAAGCAAAACCGCAGUGCGCUUGGCUCCAUGGAGCUCUCAUAUCACAACGACUUCUCCAAACCGCAGCCCAUGAAGACCUUUAACAACAGCAGCCUGGGGAGCUACAAGAAGAGCUGCUACAGCUACAAACAGACUCAUGAGUGCGCAGAGCAGGUCAUCGAGGACCGUGUCAUGGAGGAAAUCCCAUGUGAAAUCUAUGGAAGGGGUGGGGCCAUGGGUGGGAAUGUUGGCGGGAUUAUGGGUGGGGCUGUGGGUGGAGCUACGGGAAGUAUUGGAAGUGGAUGCAGCAGCAUCAGUAUCCGUAACCACGGCGGUGUCCGUAGCAACAACACCACUAGUGUACCAGAUGCGAGUCAGCGCUCCAUUUCCAUGGACUUUUAAAAGACUAGAGGAAGGAAGAGGAGGAGGAGUAAAGAAGAAAGAAAGAAAAAAACAGAAAACCAUCAAAGACUCUUUUAUUGUCCUUUAUUUCUUGUGUGUCUAGUAACAAGUCAAAGCAUCCACUCCACUCCAGUCGCCUUGAUUUACUUCUGCUAGCCAUUCAGAAUGACCUUAAUGACUCAAACCCUUCAAGGCGUAUCCUUCAUUUCCUGUUUCAUAACAAUAAGCCACAGCUUCCUGUCGUGUGUCUGAACAAGCGGACAGAGUGGAACCACAGAUGUACAUAUGAUAGUGCUUUUCCACCACACAGUGCUGUAUGGUGUGGCCUGAUUUCAAUCCAGACUCUGGGUUCUCUGGAGGUUAUGGCACGGUGGAACAAUAUAGGAUCUUCAGGGUGUGUUCAACCUUUAACUCACUCUUUAGUUUUCAACAGUUCAUCAUACAGAACAUUCUGCACUUUCCAGGACACUCCUGAAGAAAAAAAAACAUUCCAGCUCACUAGUCUAAAUCCCAAAACUAUCUCAAUACUAAUGUCUGGCAUAUCAUCAGCCAUGCCUCCUGGUUGCUGAAACAAAGCAGUCUAUAGUGAUUUUCACAAGCAGAGCCAGAAUUCGUUUAGGUGUCAGGUUCAGAAAAGUGUUCAUAAACCCCUUUGUUGUAUCAUAGUGUAACACUGUCGGAUCAGACACCUUUCCAAGCCAAAAGGAUGGUGGUGGUUACAGGAAGGAUAAUUUCUUCUGAUGCUCUGAUCGAACACAAAUUGAAAUUAACACUACAAAAAUGUGGUAUUUUGGGAUUUCUCACAAUACCUCAGCAGAUUGUGUGGUGGAACAGCACUGACAGAGACCUAGAUAGAUGAAGACGUCAUUUUGUAUGAAAUAAAGUGAAUCUUGAUGGCUGCCAUGUUGUUUCUCCCUCAGAGCAGUGAAGUGUAAGGUGUUCUAUGGACGUAUUGUAAACAGAUUCCAAGACUGUUUAAAGAAAAGUUGAAAAGGAUCGUCUUGCAAAGAUAUUAGCUAGCUAGCUAAACUAGCUAACUGUUUUUACAUCAGACUAAACACAAAUAACUGGCAUGAUUAGACUCUGACAAAAUUCACUGAGGUGUUGGUGAGUGAGGCACAAAAAGUCAUUAUUUUUGCAGAGCAAAAAAGCCACAUUAUAAUAUGGAUCCAGAGGGAAAGACUUUGUAUUUUGAAUUUCUGUGUAUUAAUUAUACUAUAUUUAAAAAAAAUCUGGUAAUGAAAAUAACAAAAACAAAUAUUAAAAAAACAAAUUGCUUGAAUUCUAUUGCAUAUCAUUUAACAAAAAAGUUGUUUAAGAAUGAACAGCACACGACUUCUGGAGUAGUGUGCACUUUGUAGUGUGCACUCUGUCACCUAUCUAGGGCUUUAGUUUGUAUAUCUCGGAGUGACACCGGGAAGCCAUUUUAACUAUGUACUUUAUUAUAAGACAAUAUUUAGGGCUCAUUCUGUUGUUUAGCAUUAACUCAUGGAUUAUUUGCAUCAUUAACUUGAAGCUGAUGAGGAUUGAAUAGUCACAUUGCUUUUAUGGACACUCCCUUCAACCCUCACACACACACACACACACACAUUUUACUUAUUCAGAAGAGAAUAAUAAGAGAAGUACAGAUCAGUUAUAGCCUAAUUAUUCUUUUUUGUCACUGGCUGUAUGAUUAAUUAAAAACUUUGUGUACACAUCUCAUUAGUAUCUUGUACAAACACACACACAAAUAUAUUAUGUUGUUUUGCUGUACACACACACACACACACACACUGUAUGACUGUCCAGUAUUCAGUAUCCAGGUGUCACACAGACCGAGCAUGGAAAUUGUAAAUGAGGCCGAUGCCUUUUGUACAGAAAUAAUCCUUUUGUUGGUGUAUGAGGGACGAUUCAGUGGAUUAUAUUUUCUAACCCAUGAACAUUGUAUAUCAAAUCUAUACUGCGCUUCCAUUUUAGUCAUGGCAUUAAUAAUUGUAAAAGAUAUCGGUGUAAGAAAUGUCCAAUUAUAUGUUUUAAUAAAACGGCAUCACAUUAC